AUCCGGGGUUCCUAACUAACGAUCCCCUUUUCUCAAAAAAAAAAAAAAAAAACUACGAUCCCCUUCCCCUAUUACUAAAACUGAAAAGAGUAUAGCAGCAAUUUGUAUCCUAAGAUUUCUUCUUUUUUUUUUUUUUUUCCUACACUCACUGAAAACUUUAAUGUUAUCUAUUUCACAAUAAUUGUUGCUGAAAUUUGAAUGUCACUCCUAGAUAGCCCAAAGACUAUAUUGUUAAUUGGGCCUCCUAGAUAGCCCAAAGACUAUAUUGUUAAUUGGGCAAGUGGACCUAGCUCGAGUACAGCUAUCUGGUGAAUUCGCCUUCAGAAAUUGGCGCCGGUGGAAGUUGGAUUAUGCGAGUAUGCUCGGGCGUGUAUAGUUGCAAUCGGCGAUGAUGAAUUCAGUGCCGCCGGGGUAUCGCUUUUCGAUUGGCGUAAAACAUGGCCAGGAUUAUUUUAACUAGAGAUGAUAUAGACUAAUGAUCCUUUCAGUCGUUGCUCUUUUCUCACUUUGCAGUCUAACUGUUUGAUAAUUUGUCUCGAUGAAACCUGUCUUUUUCCUUGCCCCAAAAUGCAGAAAUCAUCCCUAUCUUUCAAAUUUACACCGAUCUCUAAACUCACGUCUUUUACACAUAAAUGAUGACUAUGCAUUCCCAUCGGCAUCUCCAACAUCAAGCGCAAUGUGGGUUCCGAUAAAGCAAAUAUCAAGCGGAGGAAGAAGAGCCAAGAAAAAGAUAUAUCAUAGAGUCUAUGAACUUGACAGAGUUAUGGACUUGCAAAAAAAGCCAUCUCUUAUCUUGCACCUCAGAUCCAUUAUACAAUCACAAAAGAACCAAUAUCUUCGCCUUCGGGACCUCGAAAAGCAAGUUGGUUUUGUCCAAAAAUGGAAUUUCAUGGCUGUCAUUGAGAAAUAUCCCUUAAUAUUUCAUGUUGGUGGUGGCAAUAGCGGAAUACCUCCUUUUGUUUCACUAACUGAUAAAGCUAUGAAGGUUGCUAGUGAGGAAGCUCAAGCUAGAGAAUCGAUGGAACCUAUUCUGGUUAAGAACUUAAGGAAGUUGUUAAUGAUAUCAAUUGAUUGUAGGGUACCAUUGGAAAAGAUCGAAUUCAUUGAAAACGAAUUGGGUCUACCUCAAGAUUUCAAGAACUCAUUGAUUCCAAAAUACCCUGAAUUCUUCUCAGUGAAAGAUUUUAAUGGGAAAGCUUAUCUACAUUUGGAGAAUUGGGAUUCUUCUUUAGCAGUCACUGCUCGCGAGGAAAGAUUAGCCGUCGAAGGAGUUCCUAUCUCUAAUCCAUCCAAGAAAAUGGUUAGAAUAUCAAAGGACGGUAAUUUCUUUGGUCCGUUUGCUUUUAAGAUGCGUUUUCCUGCUGGUUUUAGGCCAAACGCAAGUUUCCUUGAACAACUUGAGAGGUGGCAUAGAAUGGAAUUUCCAUCUCCAUACUUGAAUGCAAGAAGAUUUGAAGCUGCUGAUCCAAAGGCAAGAAAGCGUGUGGUGGCAGUGCUUCAUGAGCUCCUUAGCUUGACAAUGGAAAAGAGGUUGACGUCUAUGCAGUUGGAUGCAUUUCAUUCCGAGUUUUUGCUGCCAUCAAACUUGCUGCUUUGUUUGGUAAAGCAUCACGGCAUAUUUUAUAUCACCAACAAGGGUUGUAGGGGUACUGUGUUCCUCAAGGAAGCCUAUAAUGGCUCUAAUUUAAUCUAUAAAUGUCCUUUAUUGAUGUUCAAUGAUAAGUUUGUAGCACUGAGUGGUCGCAAAGAGAUCGUUUUGAGUAAUCAGAUGCAAUUUUGACA